AUGACAACAAUAAACCGUACUCCAGUAAGAGAAAAAGCUAAAUCUUUUUUGAAGGAUCUGAAAAAAGAACAACCAGAUUAUAAUUACUUAAGAGAAUUAUUUAGGCAUAUCCGUAAAGAAUUGGGGGUAAAAGUAGACAAUAAUGCUGCAAAAAAAUUACCCUAUGUGCCAACAGAAGAAGAGAUUGAUAGUUGUCAAAUUAUAAUUAACCAAGGAAAGGGUAAUAAAGAUAGAAUAGUUCCGUUUCCUAAUGCAUUUACAGAAGUAUUGGCUGUACACAUAGAAAAUGUGAAGAAAAAUAAGACAAUUUACCAAUUUGAAUCUACUUGGAAGAAACCAUAUUCUGAUCGAGGUAUUAGAAAAAUAUUAAUGAAUUAUACAAAAGAAGCAGGUAUUGAGAACUCAAUAUCACCACAUAAAUUACGACAUUUUCUUUUUACAUGGAUGAAGAAAAAAGGUGUAGAUGAUGCAUUGAUUCAACCUUAUUCAGGACAUGAGAGUCGUCAAUCGCUUGAAAUAUAUUCAAAAUUAUCACUCGUAGACUGCCAACCAGAGUAUGAAAAAAAGAUAAAAGAGUUCCCUGUUUAA